AUGAAGAUUCACUCUUUGUCUUUCCUUUGUGCUCUGCUGGAGGUGACUGCUGCUGCCUCCAGCUCCAAUGCAGGUCUUCUCUCCAACAACAAUGUAUCACUUGGUGACUGGCAAGUCGCUUAUGAAAAAGCUACCAAAUUUGUCUCCAAGCUCAACACAACUGAGAAGCUGAAGCUCAUCACUGGAAGCGAUGCAUCGACAACUGAUGGCCAGUCCUUCACUGCCUUGAAGUUUUUGGAUGGUGCUAUGGGCUUGCAGGACUACUACUAUGUCUCCGCAUUCAGUCAAUCCUCCACCCUGGCCAUGACCUGGGAUAAGGAUGCCAUGUACAAGCAAUCUCAGGCUGUCGCCAUGGAGGCCUAUCUCAAGGGCGUGCAGGUUGUCACCGGACCAACAUCUCAGCCCAUGGGACGCACUCCUUGGGGUGGCCGUCUGGUCGAAACUUUCGGGCCGGACCCCUACCUCAAUGGUAUCGCCACGGGAUUGACCGUGGAGGCCUACAAUGAUGUUGGUGUUAUUGCAGGUGCUAAGCACUUCAUUCUCAAUGAACAAGAGACGAACCGAUCCUCAAGUGGAGGCGGAGGCGGCGGUGGCAGUGGUAUGGGCGGUGGUAUGGGAAGCCCUCCAGGCGGCGCGAAUUUCUCUUCAAGCGCUGCCGCACCUUCAUCCUCAUCUAGCUCCUCGCAUGCUGCUCGUUCCAUGGGUGAAAGCUCGUCUUCUGGUGCACCAUACUCCUCCAACGUAGACUCCAAGACCCUCCAUGAGACCUACCUUUGGAGUUUCUACGAUGCUGUACAUUCCGGUCUCGGUGGUAUGAUGUGUGCCAUGAACAAGGUCAACAACACACUGUCCUGUGAAUCUUCAUCCCUUCUUUUGGACAUCCUGAAGGAAGAGCUGGGCUACCCUGGCUUGGUAUUCCCCGAUCAGAUGGCGCAGCAGAACGCCCUGGCCUCGGCGAUCAACGGCCUGGACUAUGGAUCUUCGAGUCUGUGGAGCACAUCUGCCAUGACAGGCUUCCUGAAGGGCAAGAAUCUGACCGAAGCCCGCCUGAACGAUAUGGCCACCCGUAACCUUAUUGGCUGGUAUCAUGCCAAUCUUGACAACGGCACCCAGACUGCUACCUUGUCAGAGGAUGCUUACGUCGAUGUUCGUGGCAACCACGCCAAGCUGAUUCGAUCCCACGGCUCCAAGUCCUUGGUUCUCUUGAAGAACAAGAACAACACACUUCCCUUGAGCAAGCCUCACACUAUGGCUAUUUUCGGAUCUCACGCUCGCGCCGCUGUCGCCGGCCCCAAUAUGGCUUUCAGUGUUCAAGGCUCCGGUCCCACUUACGACGGCCAUCUUGCUACAGAUUCUGGAUCUGGUCAAGGCUCCCUCCCUUAUCUCAUUACCCCCGAAACUGCCUUGACUAUCAAGGCAAGCCAGGACGGAACCAUGCUCCGCUGGGUCGCAAACGAUACCUACAGUUCAUCCAGUGGGUCCACCCUGGUUAUGAAAGGAUCCGAUACUACCUCCACCACGCCUUCUAUCAGCAACUAUGCCGAGAAUAUGGAUGUGUGCCUUGUAUUCAUCAAUGCUCUUGCUGGCGAGGGAGCCGAUCGCACCGAGCUGUACAACGCUGACCAGGACGCCCUUGUCAACCAGGUUGCAGAGAACUGUGCCAACACGGUCGUUGUGAUCAACUCUGCCGGUGUCCGACUCGUCGACAAUUGGAUCGAGAACGAGAAUGUCACUGCUGUUGUUUACGGUGGACUUCUCGGGCAGGAAUCCGGUAACUCAAUCGUUGAUGUCCUGUAUGGCGAUGUUAACCCCAGCGGUCGACUCAUCCACACCAUCGCCAAGAACGAAUCUGACUACAAUGUCGGUCUCUGCUAUACACAGCAGUGCAACUUCACCGAAGGCAACUUCAUCGACUACCGCUACUUCGACGCUUACAACGUGACACCCCGCUAUGAGUUCGGCUACGGCCUUUCAUACACCGAAUUCAAGUACUCGGACCUUCACAUCGACGGCCCCAAGUCGCUUUCUGCUUUCCCUACUGGAAAGCGGGCUGUUGGUGGCUAUGAGGAUCUUUGGGAUAUUGUCGCUAGUGUUAGCAUCAAGAUCCACAAUGCUGGCUCUGUUGAUGGUGCGGAAGUGCCCCAGCUCUAUAUCUCUUACCCCAACGCCGCCAAGCAGCCUAUUCGCCAGCUGCGUGGAUUCGAGAACGUCGAGAUCAAGAAGGGUAAACAAGAGGAAGUGAAGUUCAACUUGCGUCGUCGUGAUAUCUCCUAUUGGGAUGUCAAGGCGCAGAACUGGGCUGUUGCAUCAGGCUCAUACCGUGUGUAUGUCGGUGCCUCUUCCAGGGAUCUUAAGAAGCAUGGCAGCUUCAAUGUUCACUUGGCCUGA